AUGGAGUCGGACAGCAGACAGCCGGACCGCAUCGACACCACCGUCGCCAGCACCUCGUCCAAAUCCCCCUUCACCAACGACAACGACGCCGCCGCGACGACGACGACGACGACGACCGCCAGCCCCGCCGCCAUGACCCCCUCCUCGUCCGGCACGCCGGCCACGCCGUCCCUCGCCCGCGCCGUGUCCACGUCCUCGCGCUUCUCGCGCAUGUCGCAGGGCACCCGGCGCUCGCGCUUCGUCGAGGCCCUCGACGACGACCGCGACGACGACCUCGACCUCAACUACGAGACGGGCUCGUACCGCGGCCGCAGCAGCAUCGCCACCCGCAGCAAGAGCAUCCGCUCCGUCGCCUCGUACGCGAGCCUGCAGCAGCGCCGCCGCUCGCGCUCGAGCAGCUUGGGCAUCGAGACGGGGAGCGCGGGAGGCGGAGGUCCUGCGCGGGGGAGCAGCGUGCCGGCCCCGGGCGGCACUGGUGGUGGUGGUGGUGGUGGUGGGCACGACGGCUUCGGGGGCACGCCGACGUCGGGGAAGAGGCAGGUUUCGUUCAACUUCCCGCUGCUGCCGCCGACGAGCGGCUCGGACACGUCGGGCACGCCGACGACGCCCGGGUUCAACGACCGGACGGCGCGCGGCGUCCGCAGCAACCCGUUCUCGGACGUGUACGGCAUGGCGGAUUCGAGGUCGGUGAUGGAUCAGAGCACGACGAGCUUGGUGAGGGAUGUGGACGGGAUGGAUUACCGGGACGAGAGGUCCAAGGGCGGGUUCGGCGCCGAUGCGAAGGGGGCCGAGGCCGGGAUGCCGAGUCCGAAGUUGGAGUAUUUCUUCGAGGGAAGCCAUCAGCCUGGUUUCAAUCCGACCGUGCACUGUCCAGCAAGAAGGCACUUUUUCCGAACCAGAUGGGUGACGAGCUCCAUCAUUCUAAUCUCGAUAUACGCCACCAUCGUCUCGGGUCUUUUUUUCGCCGUGGCUCUGCGUGGUCCGGAAUGGCCUAUGAUACGCAGCAACGGCUGGCUUACGCCAUCCAACGCUUCCCUGCUCGUGGCGGUCUUGGCAAAGACGGUCGAAUUGUCGUUUGGGUCUUCGAUCGUUGCCUUUCUCGGUCAAGUGCUGAGUAGGCGGAGCUUGAGCGUAAGAGGGAGCGGCAAGGGCGUGACUCUUGCUGAGAUGAGCAUGCGUAACUGGAUCGGUUCGCCUGGCUACAUGGUGUCAAACUUCGAGACUGUGCGGUAUGCGCUUUUCAGCAUCCUGGGGAUAAUCAGUUUCAUCGCAGCUAUUGUUGCGACGGUGUACACGUCCGCCUCGGAUGCCCUAGUGCAACCCCAACUCAAGCUAGGUGCCUUGGAGACGAAGAUCGCGAAGGCGAGCGUAUUGACCAAGUUUGCCAACAGCCAGUACCUUGGCUACAACUGCGAAACGCCAAUCACGGUCUCGGAAGAUGAGGUACACCGCAAUGCAACCUGUCUUGACAUCACGUACGCAGCACAGUCUUACCACGACUACCAACGCUAUGUCGCCGAAUGGGACUACUUGGCCCGUAACAAGACCGCCGGCACCACCAAAGAGAGUAGAGUUCCCGCCUUCUCCCAGUUCCACUCUGAAAUCCUAGUCAACGGAACCUGGCUGGAUGUUUCUGCUUUUGAGUGGAGUGGUCGCAUCAUUAACAAUGUCACCUUGGCCAUGCCUCACGCCGGCGUUUUGAGUGCGGCUUGGGACGAGCGCAACGAUAUUCUGCAGCCGUCUGAACUCGGUGGCUUGGGCGCAUAUAACCUUGUCGCUUCAGUGCCUAGCCCUGCCAUCCAUGUUCUUUGUGCGAACAUGAACCGCAGCGAGCUCGCCCCCAUUGUCUUCACCGCGUGGAACGACUCGGAAGAGCUAGAUGCCCCGACGUGGCCUGAGCAGAUUAGCUUCCUCACUUCCGACGAGUCCAUCAACAAGACCGUCGUCGACGAUCUCUUCGGUUGGCGCAAGAACGGCCAGAACGCCCCCAUUUUCCCGCGCUACCCGUCAAGCUACAACACGGUGCUGAACCAGACAUUCUUCUACGGCCGCGAGUCCCUUUACCUGCUGGGGCGCGAUGGGGACGAGGACGUAGAACGUUACUCGCUCUGCCAACUAAAGGCAUCGCUCACGCCCAACUGCAGCACCACCUACAGCGCCGUGCAGGAGGGCUCCUCUCUCUCGUCGACCUGUGACCCAGAGAAUGACCCCCUGGCGUACAUCCACAGUGAUCCGGGUGCAGAGAGCGGCUCUGCGGCCGUCAGCCUUGAUUGGCCGUGGGUCGCAACGGAGUGGGCGAACUCGAUGUCUCUGAGCAACGGCAUCAUGGACGGCAAGGCCAGCAUCGCACGGCUGCUCACGCAAUCCAUUGUCAAGGAGCCAACGCUGCAGCUGGAUCGGCCGAGUCUGGCCGAGGCGUUGGCGGUGUUGGCGAGCACCACCUUGCUGCUGAGCACGCAGGAUGCCCAGAUGGACAUGGACUGGCCCCACGACGAAGACAUCCUCCUCACUCCCGAAACCAUCAACUUCAACGCCACCCUCCGCGAGCGCACCUACGCCUCGGGCCCGACAGGCGAACCGCAGAAACUCUUCUACCUCGUCCUCGUCUUCGCCUUCCUGACCAACGUCCUCUGCCUCGCCUACUUCAUCUUCCACCGCGGCCUCGUCACCGACUUCUCGGAGCCGCCCAACCUCUUCUCGCUCGCCGUCAACUCGCCGCCAUCGGCCUCGAUGGCGGGAUCCUGCGGCGGCGGGCCCGCGGGCCGCCAGUGGGCGGGCGAGUGGUUCAUCGGCGAGAGCGGCGGCCACCUGUUCAUCGUGCCCAAGGAGGCCGUCCCCGCCGUCGUGGCCGCACGCGGCAACAUGGGCAACGCGUGGCGCGUCGAGGAGGAAGCCAGCUGGCCGGUGGAGCAACAGGGAGGAGCUCAUCAUCACCACGCGCAGGGCGACUUCAACAAUCAACAUUACUACGGCCAGUUAUCGCAGCACAACAACAACAACAACGCCGGCGGGCCCGGAGGCCCUCUGGCCGUCUCGACGUCAAUGUCGAUGAGCCGCGGCUCGCCCGACGGUCCCAACAACAACGGCGGCGGCGACGGCCUCUUCGCCCGCAUGAAGCAGCGCUUCUCGUCGUCGUCGUAUGGCGCCGCCAACCCCAACCCUUACGCCCGCAGCCCGGACACGCCGUCCAGCAUGACCCGCGUCCAUUCUUCUUUGGGAACCGGCAUGCCGCCCCCCGGCAGCGCGUGGAGCAACCGAUCAUUUGGCAGCGGCGGCGGCGGCGAAUAUUUCGGGCUCAGCGGCGGCGGCGGCGGGGGCAGUCCGCCGUCGUCGAGCGGCCUGUAUCCGACGACCACGAGGGGCACCGCGUAUACGGGGGCGAGCGGGGUUUCGGCGUAUGAGAUGAUGUCGGCCGGUGGUGGCGGCGGUGGUAUGGCGAGUCGGGACGGGCCUGGACCUGGACCUGGGAUUGCGCGGCCGGGCACGGUGAAUACGAAUAGUCCUAUCAGUAGGGCGUAUUCGAAGUUGAGUCGGAAGAGGACGUUUUUGUAG